UGUCAGUGACGGGCCAAGCACAGGUCCCAGGGAGUUCCUCCCAACUUUUACAAAAAUUGAAAAAAGAUCCCUUGUGCCAUCUAGCUGUGGGGAGCAAUUUGUUGUUGCUGUUUUGCCUUCUUCCUCCAAACCAAUAGACUUAGGACCUUUUUACACUCGAUGUAUCCCGUUCAGAAAUGACUGGGAAUCUGCUAAUCAAGCUGCUGCCUUUCUUGAUCUCCUGCAUCGUCUAUUUUGCACUCAAGCUUCCUGAACCCAGUGCCCUUGCUGCCCUUGUCAAGUGCUUUCCGACCCUCUACUUGGCUUUCCUUGUGGCCAUACAAUCCCAUAGUGCCGGCGCCUGGACACCAUACUCCCGGAGGGUCUUCCAAGGCCUCCUGCUCUCAGCUGUGGGAGAUGCCUGCCUGGUGUGGCCUCAGCUUUUUCUUCCAGGACUGGCUGCCUUUGCUGCAUGUCACAUCUCCUACAUCUUGGCAUUUGGCCUGACUCCCUUUCGGCCCCUCGUCUUCGUCGUCGCCGUGGGGGCUGUGUUUGUGGCUUACAUCUACCUGGUGAUGCCCUGCUUGAAUGGCAUCUCUCUAUGGGCUGAGACAGCCUCCAAAGUCCCACUCAGCAUGAUGGCCUGGAGGGCACUGUCUCACCCUGGACGCCAGCUGAGCACGUCCUUUGGCAGCCUCCUCUUCUUUGCCUCUGAUCUCUUUUAUGGCAUUGAAACGUUCUGCUCCUUCCUACCUCACUCUCGCUUCCUCAUCAUGUCCACUUACUACACCGCCCAGGCCUUGUUUACAUUUUCUGUGGCCUCCCAGAAAGCUUUCAGAAAGGAGAGCUGAACUCUGGAAUUGAUUUGGAAGACCUCAAGAAUAUUGACCAUCAGUGCUUUCCUUCAAAGUUCAGCUUGUACAUCAGCUCCCCUGAAGAACCUGUGCUCUCUGUCCCCAUUUUAGAUCCCUUUUAGAGACCUGAUUUCUCUAUUCUGGAACAAUCCAAGAGACAAUUCCAUGUUUUGUUCUCUCCAUGUUGACUCUUAUGAUCUUUGCUCUACAGUAACUCAUUGGGUGACCUUGGGCUAGUCACAUUUUCUCAACCUGGCCUACCUUACUGGGUUGUUGUGAGGAUGCAGUGGGAAGGAGGAGAGCCAUGUACCCCACCUUGACAUCAAUGGCAGAAAUGCAAGAUAUAAAUUUAAUAUAUAAAUUAAUGAAUAAAACUGCGGAGU